CAUGAAUGCAGCAUGCGUCAUACAUUGAAAGGGAGCGCUGACUUUUCCCCACGAGUCAGUCAGGAGAGCUCUCCCUUGAUUACUUUAACCAGUUGGCUGUUAAUCAAUUAUUGACGCAAAGCUAGCUGACCAAAUAGUAAUAAUAAUAAUAAAAAAAAGUUCAGCUUUGAGGAUAUAGUGAGUGAGUGACCCACACCAGCACCAGCAGCAGCAGCGAGGUGGAACCCCAUCAGCGACUCUUGAACCACAGCUGUGAUCCAGGAUAGCAGAAGCUGCUCCGCUACCAGAAACUACACACAAAUCAGAUUUUCAUGGAUGCUGUUUUGAACUGCAAACCAGAGGACUUGGAGGAUUACUACGGUUUAUUAGGAUGUGAUGAGCUGUCGUCGACCGAGCAGAUUCUCAGCGAAUACAAGAUCAGAGCUUUGACUUGUCACCCGGACAAGCACCUAGACAACCCAGGAGCAGUGGCAGAUUUCCAAAAGCUGCAAGAAGCCAAAGAGGUUUUAUGCAAUGAAACCAAAAGAAAAAACUACGACCUUUGGAAAAGAAGUGGCGUUACUAUACCAUUUCAUGACUGGCAAGCCUUGAAUGACUCGGUUAAAACCUCAAUGCACUGGGCCGUGAGAAAUAAAAAGGAGCCAAUGUUGGAGGCCUCAGAAGCAGAAAUCCCUGUCACUUCCCAAACAGAGGACCCUCAUGCUGCGAAGGAAUCACCAGGGAUCCCUUCACAUGAUGCCAUGCCAUCCUCAAGUGAUUACUGCCAUCGACGUUUCCGUUUUGCUGCUGACUCGCCAUCUACCCUGCUGCAGAGGUUUAGAAAUUAUGAAAUAUAAUGUAAUUGAAUUGUUUGAUUUUGUUCAGAUGUUUGUGUUCACUGUCGUCUUGUUGUCCAUGUUCAGUUGGGACCAUGUUCACCGUGCUGUCAGUUAUUGUGAAGAGAGCUGCAACAGUGAGUCGAACAAUCGAUAACACAGUCGAAAGAAAAUUAACUGCCAACUAAUUUGACAACAGAAAUGUCAAACAUUUGCUGGUUCCAGCUUCUAAAAUAUGAGGAUUUGCUGCUUCUUGCAUCAUUUAUGACAGUAAAUGAAGAGUCUUUGGGCUUUGGAGUUUGUUGGUUGGACAAAAGAAGCAAUUUGGCCUCUGGGGAAUUGUGCCAAGCAUUUUUUCACAAUAAAGUAAACAAUCAAUCAUCAGUCAGAUGAUAAUUGUCACAUUAAUCGAUAAUGAAAAUAAUCACUAGUUGCAGCUCUACUUGUGAAUACGGUCCAGCUGUCCCUCCUCUACCCUUCUUGCAUAAACAGGAAAUCUCUAAAUGUGUGAAAUACAUUGCGAGUCAGACAGUUGCAUAGUGGUUGUAUGAUUCAUUUAUUUUGUUAUUGACUUCACCACCCAAUGGAGGUAUGAGCAUGCCUUAUAUCUUUUAUGCGGUAAUGUGUCUUCUUGUGUUACCGUCAUAAUCAUAAUGUUGGAAAAAUAAAACUGAAACAUGUUGUGUCA